AGUAAAGAGAAACUAUCAAGAAGGAACAAUUGCAAUGGGAGGUGUUAGAUCGCACUAUAUUGUGGCUGGUGAAAUGUGGCCGCCGUGGUUGGAGAGAACGAACCAUUCAGACCCAAUGGGAUUCAGAGGCAUCACAUGGGAGAUCUUAUUGCAGAUCGCUGACAUAUUGGAAUUUGAUUUUACUUUUGUUCAACCUGAGGAUGGUAAAUGGGGAUCUGUCGACGAUGCGGGAACUUGGAACGGUAUGAUGGGUAUGAUUCAAAGAAAAGAGAUCGAUUUUGCCAUCGGACCGUUUGGGAUGAUUCCAGAGAGGGCGGUAGCCUGUGAUUUUUCUGUUCCUAUUGCCUUGGAUCAUUUGAUACCGGUCACACCUGUGAUCUUGAGCAAAGAUCCGUGGGUCUUGGCCAGACCCUUUCACUAUUUCGUUUGGUUAAGCCUAAUGGCGUUGUUCUUAACAUGCAUUAUAACACUCGCUGGUGUAACCAUAUUACUGCCUCGUCGAGCACAAUCCAUCAGUGGAGUGGUGGAGUUUGUUGUGAAAUCCUUUGUCAACGAAGGAUCAGUGACUAUUCCCCGAACUUCAAUCUCGUUGUCGAUAGUGUCUACGUUUUGGCUAUUUGGAGCAAUGAUUUUGGUGUAUAGUUAUUCGGGGACUUUGACUGCUUUAUUGGCAGUCCCUAAAGCCCCAUUCUUGGUGGAAUCCAUGGCAGAUUUGACUCAGCAAGAGAUGUUCCCUUGGAGGAUUCAAACUGGAAGCGUCCUGGAGCAACUGAGUUCAAAGGCUGAUCCUGGUACGGUUUUUGGAGGAUUCGCAAGAGGUGCCAAGCCUGCUCCAAGCACUUGUUACGAUAAUGUUCAACACAUUGAAAAUAGAGAGUAUGCUAUGAUUUGUGAAAGAAUAUCAGUAGAAAAAAUGAUAUCGGAUGGGUUUUCGAAAAGUGGGAUGUGCACUUUAUACUCGGGGCGAGUUUCAUUCAUGAGCUUAGCUUAUGCAUUGGCAUUUCAGCCCAACAGCACGAUCUUGCCUCAAGUCAAUGCAAUCAUCCUUCACAUGCUCGAGGCCGGUCUGAUUCGCAAGACAAUGGAUCAGCUGAUGCCCAAUGGGACCCAAUGCUCAACCAUCGACAAAGUGAUCGGUUCUCACGGCAAUGAGAGGGCAUCGCCGUUGGCCAUGAGUGACCUUAUCACCUCAUUUGAAGCUCUGGGAUGGGGCAUUCUGUUGGGUGUCUUCAACCUUUGUUUGGAGUGGGCCUACAAAUACAUUUAUUGCAAUUACCGCUGA